ACUCUAAUUAAGUGCGAAAAGGAGACUCGUCGCUCUCUCUCCUGCUCUAACUUCCGCAAAAGCUCUUGCGUUAUCGAACUUGUUACUUUGCAAUACACCUCAUAUUUAUAGCCAUUACCAGUUGUUAAAGCUAAUCAAUCCCAUUGUUACUGAUCAAAGGUAAAAAAGGAAAAGCUGGCAGACGUGAUUAAGCCCACAUACAUCUAUAUAUAUUAUAUUCGAUCCACGGCCUGUAGUUGAGGAAACGACGAGUUCCUCAAUCCAACAGCUUCUCAAGUUUUUCAAAGACUCUUCAUCGUUUUUGGUGUCUUUCGUCUGGGAAUAUUGUGGGAGCGAACAUGGUAUCAAUCAGCUUUCCAUGAAUACCAAGGGGUAAAGAAAAUAUAUGUACUGGAACCUUCAAGAUUCCCUUUUUCUUCCGCCUGAAAAACUAUAAUCUGGGCAUCAAUGGAUACGCUUCUGAAUCUUCAAGCUCUGCCCGCGGGAGCUGCAAUAGGAGGCCCGGCUGUUGCUCUUGGUGGGAUUACUUUGUUUCUCAUCAGAAAGUAUGUGGAGGAUCAGAAGAAGAAAUCUUCCAGCUUCCGUCCUCCUCCAGAGGUACCAGGUUUACCAGUGAUUGGGAAUUUGCUGCAACUAAAAGAGAAGAAACCCCACAAGACCUUCACCAAAUGGGCUGAGGAGUAUGGUCCCAUAUAUUCUAUCAAGACUGGCUCCAACACUAUGGUUGUGCUUAACACGAAUGAUGUUGCCAAGGAGGCUAUGGGAACGAAAUACUCGUCUAUCUCAACACGGAAGCUAUCAAAUGCUCUAAAAAUCCUCACUUGUGAUAAAAGUAUUGUUGCAAUGAGUGAUUAUAACGAAUUUUACAAGACAGCAAGAGGACAUCUACUUACGAGUACUCUUGGACCUAAUGCUCAGAAACGGCAUCGUAUUCACAGGGAUACGAUGAUAAAUAACAUAUGCGAACAAUUUCAUGCUCAUGUGGAAAUGUAUCCUUCUGAAGCUGUCAACUUCAGGAAAAUAUUCCAGUCUGAACUUUUCGGAUUAUCUCUGAAACAAGCUAUUGGAGAGGAUGUGAAAUCGAUUUAUGUGGAGGACCUUGGCACUACUUUGUCGAGACAAGAGAUAUUCAAGAUAUUAGUAAUUGACCCAAUGGAAGGUGCCAUUGAUGUGGAUUGGAGGGAUUUCUUCCCGUAUCUCAAAUGGAUUCCUAACAAAAGCUUUGAAAAUAAAAUUCAGCAGAUGCAUUUCCACCGGCAAGCUGUGAUGAAAGCCCUUAUUGAGCAGCAGAGAAAACGUAUUGCUUCUGGCACGGAAAUCAACUGCUAUCUCGACUACUUGUUAUCCGAAGCAAAAACGUUAACGGAACAACAGAAAUUGAUGCUUCUGUGGGAAGCCAUUAUUGAAGCAUCAGAUACUACGUUAGUCACCACAGAAUGGGCCAUGUACGAGCUCUGUAAAGAUCCCCAAAGACAGAAACGUCUGUUGUUGGAAGUUCAAGAUGUCUGUGGUCCCGACAAACUUACUGAGGAGAAACUGUGCCAACUUCCAUACUUGGCUGCAAUUUUCCAUGAAACAUUGAGAAAGCACAGCCCUGUUCCAAUAGUUCCUCUACGGUAUGUGCAUGAAGAUGCACAAUUAGGAGGAUAUAACAUCCCAGAAGGCACUGAGAUAGCUAUAAAUAUAUACGGAUGUAACAUGGACCAGAGAGUGUGGGAAAGUCCCGACGAAUGGAAGCCUGAGAGGUUUCUCAAUGCAAAAGACAAUACAGCGGAAUUGCACAAGACAAUGGCCUUUGGUUCUGGAAAGAGAGCAUGUAUGGGAGCCCUCCAAGCAAUGUUAAUUUCUUGUGUAGCGAUCGGUAGAUUCGUACAGGAGUUUGAAUGGAGACUGAAGGAAGGAGAAGAAUCAAACGUCGAUACCUUGGGGCUGACUACUCAUAAGCUUCAUCCUUUGUUUACCAUCAUAAAGCCAAGAAAUUGAUAAGAUGAUGUUUUUCAGUCACCGCAUACUAUCUCUUCUGUAUGAACUUCCGAUACAGGGCUAUAGGCCUUUUUGUGGAGUUUAUGAAUCUGUUUGAUGUGUUCUUGUGGAAAGUUCGAAGUAUAAUUAUGAUGAUGUUUGAAUUCAGUUGAGAGCUUCA